AUGUCUAAUAAUAGUUUUAGUGAUCAAUCAAAAAUAUAUAGCGAACAAAUUAAUUUUUGGAAUAUGGAUAUACACACGGCUGCCAGUUUGGGAGAUGUUUCAUUUUUUGUUAAAUAUGAUGUCGGGCAAGAAAAAAAAUGUUUUAUAACCGAAAUUUGCAAUAAUAACUCGGGAAAUUGGACGCCUUUAAUGUAUGCUUGCGCUAGAGGUAGUUCACUUUUAGUUAAUUAUUUAUUAUUAACUGGAGCCAAAAAAGAUUGUAAAACCACAUCUGGUGUCACUCCAUUGAUGCUGGCCAUAAGCAGUGGAAAUAUUUCAACAGUCGAAUUAAUUUUUGAUAGCUCUGAUAUUGAAAAAGUUGAUUAUAGAAAAUGGACUGCCUUAUUUUAUGCAAUUCACUUUACCAGAGAGAAAUGCCUUAAUUAUUUAAUUAAUAAAGGAUCCAAUGUUAACAUUGUGGAUUUUCAAAACGAAACUCCACUUAUGGCAGCAAUCAAAUUAGGAAGAGAAACUAUGGUUGAGCUAAUAUUACAAUCUGCAACAAAUUUAAAUAUUGUUUCAUUUAAACAAGAAUCAGCUCUAAUGUUGGCCAAUGAAUCAAAUAAUUUAAAAAUUAAAUCAAUGGUUAAAAAAAAAAAUGAAUAUUUAUUAAGGCAAAAAAAUGUUUUAAAUGGUGAAAUGAAUUCCGUUUUAAAAUUUACAGUAAAUAAUUCUCCGAUUAUAAAUGACCAAACUCAUAUUAAAAUUAGUACACCAACACUAAUUAAAAAAAAAAUAAGUGGUCAAAUAAAAAUAGGUAAAAGUUUGACAUAUUCUCCUAAUAAAUGUCUUCAAGCAUCUUCAAUAGGUUCCGUAAUUGAUUCUCCAUGGAAAUUAUCAAUUUCGAAAAAAAAAUUUUGGUCUCCUCAAGUUAAAACUUUUAAUGAUGUACAACAAUUUUUAAUAGCAAUAGGUUUAGAAAAAUAUUGGCAGAUAUUUAAAGAUGAAGAAGUUGAUUUUGAGACUCUAUUAACAUUAAAUGAAAAUAAUUUAAAGGAUUUGGGUAUCACGUAA